CCAAUAUCUCCUAAAUGAGAUCUCAGCGGAAGCGGUGUGCUGCAUUUUCAUUCUGCUUUUCUUAGCCAAAAAGUUGUAUCAACAAUAUCCUCGAGCUUCUCUCGUCCGAUUUUCCUUUCGCUUUCGCGGUAGUUUCAAACUGGUAACACUACGUAGAAGUAACGUCUGUAACUACGUACCUCUAUCACAGAACGCUACAACUCAAAAAAGAAAAAUGUCCACCGUCACACCAAUCACCGAUCUCUCCCAGACUGUGUCUGUGGGAUCGACACGCUGGUUAAAACUGGAAACUCUCACCUACACCGACCAGACUGGCAAGGAGCGCAAGUGGGACCGCGCUGUGCGUGCUACGAAACAAAGCGAGACCUCAAUCGACGCUGUGGCUAUUCUUGCCACUUUAGUUGACACAGCGACUGCUUCAUCCAGUAUUCUUCUAGUGAAGCAAUUUCGUCCAGCCGUCAACGCUUACACCUUGGAGCUACCAGCAGGCUUAGUCGACAAGAAUGAAAGCACAGGCACCGCGGCACUGAGGGAACUCAAAGAAGAAACAGGAUAUGUCGGCAAAAUCGUCUCAUGUGGGGAACUCCAAGACACAUCCGGCUUCCCUUUGUCUCCAGGCAUGAGCAACGAAAGCGUCUCUCUCGUUGAAGUUACGGUGGACCUCAGUUUACCGGAGAACCAACAUCCCUUGCCGUCGCCGGAUGAAGGUGAGUUCGUCCAAGUGUUUAAGGUGUCGAAGAACAAUCUGCUGGCAGAACUGACUAGACUGCAAAAAGAGGAUCCGAAAGUGCAGAUCUUUAUAGGGCUGUGGACCUUGGCAAGAGGAAUAGAAUUAGGGAAGGCGAUGAUGAAGUAGAAGGUUGCAGAGACAACUACAUCUUGUUCAUGGACUUCACUUUUUUGAAAUCCGCUUUGUCCGCGGCUUGUUUGCUAUAAUCCGCGGAUUCACCUCAUAUGAAAAAAGGAACAUGAUCAUGUUUCCCUCUCAUUCCCUUUCGUGGCUACUUUUUAGAGGCAGCAUUACCAUCAGUACAAGAAUUGCCUUUACCGCGCGUGUUUGCUUGAUGACGAACAAAUGAUCUUUCAUUCAAGUUUUUAUUGAACAUGAACGCACCUCCAUUGACGCCGACACUCAUUCCAUCCUCUCAGAAUCCUCCAAACAAGGAGAACGCAAAGUGACAACUGAUCGAAAUCGCCAUUGGAUUGGAGGUGCAAUGUUGCAUCUGUUGAUUCUAUUGGAAAAGUCUGAUGCGUUCCUGGACCUGAUUCC